AUGCUCUCCCGCACCAUCCUCGCCGCCCUCGUUAGCGCUGCCUGCUUCGCGACCGUCAACGCGCAGACCUGCAGCGCUAGCAACAAAAAAUGCUGCCAGCAACUUGAGGACUCGAAAAGCCUUGAUGCUAAUGCCCUGAACUUGCUCCAAGUUUUGGACGUGGACGUUGAUGCCCUGACCGGCCUUGUCGGUGUGCAGUGCACCAACAUUAUCGGCAAUAGCUGCAGUGCGAACGCUGCUUGCUGCACCGGCAACAACUACUAUCUCUGUCCGAAGGAAAACACCGUGAUCAUCCUGCCUGAAGAUGAGAUCACGCAUGUCGGAACGGCAAGUAUGGGGACGAAGCCCAUGAAGCCUGCGCGGGGGGUUGUAUUGGCGGUUGGCACGACCAAGGCGCCGGGGAAUGGAGGACAGCAUGCGAUGGAUGUGAGGCUGGGGGAUUUGGUGAUUUAUACCAAGGGGAAAGGGAAGGAGGUGAAGGUUGAUAAUGAUGAGUAUUUGCUUCUUGAUCGGGAUGAAAUUCUCGCUGUUGCAGAUUGA